UCUCAGGCAGCUUCAAUGGAAGGAGGGAGCCAAGGAGGCCCUCUGUAAGUCUGAAGAUGAUCAUCACAACAUGGAUUAUGUACAUCUUUGCCCGGAAAACCGUAGGGCUACCCUUCCCUCCAAGGGUGAACUCGGACAUUGAAGUUGAGGAAAGUGAGGCUGUAUCCGUUGUGCAGCACUGGUUGAACAAAACGGAAGAAGAGGCUUCUCGGAGCAUAAAGGAGAAGAUGUCCAUCAACGUCCCUUCCACCCAUGGACAUGACAUCCAUGUGACCAGAGAUUUGAUGAAGCACCAUCUCUCAAAGUCUGAUAUGUUAACAGACCCGAAUCAAGAAGUCCUGGAGGAAAGAACAAGGAUUCAGUUUAUCAGAUGGAGCCACACCCGUAUCUUCCAAGUGCCAAGUGAAAUGAUGGAUGACGUCAUGCAGGAACGGAUAGAUCAAGUGAGACGAAGCGUAUCUCAUCUCAGGUGUGACUCGUACAAUGAUCCAAGCUUCAGAACUUCUUGCUCAGAAUGUUAAGGUUGAAGGCCUCAGGGGUCGAUGAACAGCCUGUGUCCAAAGAGUGUCCACCUCAUGUUUUGACCUGAAGGGUGACAAGACUUGAGCAGAGAGACUCUAAAUGCUGAGCCCUUGGUUACCACUGUGACAAUGCUGGAAACUUCUUACUGAAGUGCUAAUAAAGAGACAUCUUAUUUACCAACCA